AAAUAAAUCUGAACAGCACAGACGUAUAAUAGCUAUCACAGGAAAGCAUCCAGCCGUGUUAUGUGCUUGAGUGACAAUAACUAGAAAAAAUAUAUGGCAGAGAGAAACGAAGUUGAGGAAUAUUGCCAGAAGUAAAAGUGUUUUGUAAGCUUCGAUUUUCUGAACACUUAUCUGAUGAUAAGCAGCACGGUGCUAUAGCAGACUGAUCCAGAAGGUGGGAGGAAUGUAGCAAGGAUGCCGGCUUUCUUAAAACACCAAAGAAGAAGACUUUUCAGUGCAGCCAGCCAGAUCCUCCUACCCGCAGCUUUACAAUGUACAAGUUCAAAACGGUUAUUUGGCCUAAAGUGAUUUUAUUUGGGGACUCCAUCACACAGUUUUCUUUUCAACCUAAUGGCUUUGGAGCAGAUAUUGCCAACAAACUUGCCAGAAAGUGCGAUGUUGUAAACAGAGGGCUGUCUGGCUACAACAGCAGGUGGGCCAGCAUAGUUCUUCCUCGUCUUAUCAACAGCCAGAACUCGGCGGACGGUAACAUAGCUGCCGUCACCGUCUUCUUUGGAAGCAACGACUGUGCACUUAAAGAUAAAAACCCCCAACAGCAUGUCCCACUGGAGGAGUAUUCAGAGAACCUUAAGAAGAUAGGGAGUCUUCUGGCUUCAGCUGGAGUGUCUGUGGACAAAGUUAUCUUUAUCACCCCUCCACCUGUUCAUGAGCCAGACUGGGAGAAGCAGUGUAUUCUGAAAGGAUGUCCUCUUAAUCGCCACAACUCUGUAGCAGGGCAGUAUGCCCAGGCCUGUGUCCAGGCUGCUGCUCAGUGUGGCAUAGAUGUCUUGGACCUCUGGACACUCAUGCAGAAAGAUGGACAGGACUACACAGUCUAUCUUUCUGAUGGGCUGCAUCUCUCAGAGAAGGGAAACCAGUUUGUGGCCCAGCACCUGUGGGGGCUGUUGGAGAACCGUGUGGCUGACCUGCCGUUCAUCCUACCCUACUGGGGAGACGUGGAUUCCCAGAGCCCUGAGAGCAGCCUGCUCUGUGACCAGUGAUAAGGUCGGUGGA